AUGCUCCCUUUCUUAAUUUUCAUUUUUAAGAUGAACAUAUGUUUUCGUGCUAAUAAAUUUGUUUAUUCGAAAAAAAAAAUCUUUCUUUUUCCUUUUUCCGUUUUCUUUUCUUUACCCCUUUUCUGUGUUUUUUUAUCUUCUUUUGUUCUUUUCUUUUUCUUCACUUUUUCUUUUGUCGUCUUAUUCUUUUUCUCUCCCUUUUCCUCCAUUACCCUUUUCUUCCCCUUUUCUUCUUUCGCCCUUUCCUUUACUUUUAUUUGUCUUUUCUUCUUUCGUUCUUUUCCUCGUUUUCUCCCCCUUUUCUUUCGUCAGUUUUCUUUUUUCUAUAUUUUUUUCCAUCGUCCUUUUUUCUAUUUUCUUCCGUUUUUCUCUCUUAUCUUCCUUCGCCUUCUUCUUUUCUUCCUUUUUCUUAUUUUUCUUCCUUUGUCCUUUUACGUUUUCUCCAUCCUCUUCCUUAUUUCCUCUCCUUUCUUCCGCCUUUUUUUUUUUUUUACUCUUUUCUUCCGUUUUCUCACUUUUCUUCCUUUAUCCGUUUCUUUUCUCCAUUUUUCUUUCAUUCUUUUCCUGCUUUCCCCCCUUUCUUCCUUUGUCUUUUUCCCUUUUUUUCCCCUCCAUUCUUUUCCUUUUUCUCGUUUUUCUUCCUUUUCCUUUUUUUUUCUUAUCUCCUUCCUUCUUUUCCUUUUUCUUUUUCUUAUCUCCUCCGUUCUUUUCCUUUUUCCCUCCUUUUUCUUCCUUUUUCUUUUUCUUCCCCUUUUCUUCUUUCGUUCCUUUCUUUUACUCACCCUUUUCUUCUUUCGUCCAGUUUUUAACUCCCUUUACUUCCUUUCCGCUUGCGCUUCCUUUUGUAUCCCUCUUUUGUUUCUUUCCUUUAUCCCCCCUAUGCCCUCUCUUUUACUUUCCUUUUUCUCCUCUUUAUUUUUUAUCAUUUUUCUUCCUUUCUUUGUCGUUCCAUCACCCAUUUACGCUUUUCUUUCGUUUCACACUCUGCAAAACAAAUCUGUUGAUUGUUAUGCAGUCGCUCCAACACGUAAUAUCAAAGUGUUUCAGCUGAUCGACGAAAGUCUGACACGCGUGUCAAGUGCUUGCAUCGAUGUUUUCUUCUUGUCGGAAGAACAUUAA